AUGGAUAACUUCGAGUACAGCAUCCAGCUGAACGACCGCGACUGGGCUGAGUUCUUGCGGGCGGUGGAGGAAUGCAACCAAGAGCCGGCUGCCCUGGCCACAGCAGAGGAGCAGUGCCUCAGUGACAUUGAGCAAGGGGACGGUGUGCCCGCUCCGUGCAGCACCAGGGCAGGCACCGAGCCAGGGCUUGGCAAGGCGAGCUGUUCCCCACGUGGGCUGUGCGGAGAGGACGAAGCAGAUCUGUGCUCAUCCAUUUUACGUGAAGGCAAGCAGCCCGUCUGCCCUCUGUUUGCUGCCAUGCCCAGCGUGCAGGGCAGGCAGCCGCCCCAUCCUCCUGCAGCUGAGGGCACCGCAGGGCAGGAUGCAGCGUUGGGGGAAAGAGCUGCUGGCAGUGGGGCCAUGGAGCUUGCUGGGCACCCUGCUGCAUCCUGUGCCCAAGGAGAAGACACCGGUACAGAGCAGCCCUGUGGGAGCCCAGCAGUGGCACAGGGAGGUGCCCAGGAGGCUACUGCAUGGAAAAGCCAUGCUGGGGUGCUGGGACCUACACAUGAGCACCCUGCUGCAGAGCCUGCUGCAGAGCUUGGGGAGAAAGCAAGAAGCCAGCCCAGCGUCCAGGAGGUGGUGAGACCCAAAGUGCCAGCGUCAGCGAGGAAGAGCCGCAGGCAGCGUGGAGUUGGUGGCACCGAGGUGACCCCUGGGGACAAGGAGCCAGCAGGGAGCCCAGCGCGGGGCAGCACAACACCCAACAGGACCCCCUUGUCCUCCCCACUGACCUCAAGGAAGGGCAAAGGGAAGGAGAAGGCUGCCAAAGCGGCACCCAUGAGGCUGAGCAGCGAGGAGGCUGCGGAGAGCAAAUGGCCGAUGGGCAGCCCUGGUGUGGAGCUGGUGGGUGUGCCCCCCAGCGUGUCCCCAAAGCUGAAGGCAAAGGAGUCAGGAGCACAGUCACCAGGGAAGGCAAGGGCCACCAAGCUGGACAGGCAGGUGGCAGGCAAAGGGGCGUGUGACACUGUGCCAGUGGUGGUCACUGCACCGGACACCACGCCAGUGGUUGUCACCCCAUCGGUUGUUGUCACUACACCAGAUGUCACACCAGUGGUUGUCACCACACCAGUGGUUGUCACUGGGCUGGGAGAGCUGUGCCAGGAGGGGAAGGCUCUCGGUCCCCUGAGUGUGGCUGCUGCUGCUGGGGGCUGUGGGGAGUUCACAGCCAGCCCCCCCCGAGAGAUGGGCUCCCCAACAUUCACAGUUGGGGGCCCUCCUGGGGCAGACAGCCUGGAUGUGACGUGGCCUGAGAUGUACGACUAUUUGUUCUGCGAGUCCCAGGGGGAAGAAGAAGCAGCAGAGAACGCGGUGGAGGGCGAGAAAACACCCUUGGAGAGGGAAAUAUCCUUGCCUGAACUGUAUGAGUAUUUUUUCAAUGAACCUGAAGGAAGUAGGAAAAAAGCCAAGCGUAAAGAGAGGAAGAGGAAGGAGUUUUUUGGCUUGCACCACACUGAGCUGCAAAAGGAGGAUCCCGAUGCAGCUACAGCCAAAGAGCCCCAGGUUGCCACAGUGCCUGAGCUGUAUGAACACUUCUUCCCCGACAGACCCCAGCACAGGAGGGGCUGGAGGGGAUUUCUCUUCUCCUCACCAGCCUCUGAGGUGAGGAAAGCCGUGGGGGCUCUGAUGUCCAUCCUGCAGAGGCCAAAGCCACACAGCAGAACCCAAGCGCCAGCCUCCCCAUCACUGGCACGGAGAGGGUCCCACCUUGCCCUCGUGCCACUGGGAGGGGGUCCUGAGUAUCCACCAGCUUUGGACAUGGCCCUUGCACUGAGAGGCAGACCUGAGGCCCCGCUGGCGCUGACCCACAAGGACAUGUGCCUCGUCUUCUGUGCCUUUGCCUCCUGGGCGGUGAAGACCUCCGACCUGCAGGCUCCGGAUGCCUGGAAAACCGUGUUCCUGGCAAGCUUUGGCACGCUGUCUGCCAUCCGCUACUUCCGACGGCAGGUCAGGGAAGGACGGCCCCGCACCUAGCCCCAGGAGAGCACGUUCCCAAGGACAGCUGAGGAUGGGCACCUUGUUCUUGGGCAGCAUGACGAGCCCAGAGCCCAGCACUGAGACUUCUCAGGAGCCAUCCCCAAAGGGGACAAGAUGUCACGGGGAGCAGGAUCCUUCCGGUGACAACACGGUAGGCGGUUUGUACACGUGCUUGACAGGAAAGGAGCCUGGCGUGGGCCAGCUCUGUUCUUUCUUUGCACUUCUUGCAUAUUUAUGCCGCCUGCUAGGAGAAGGAUUGGCAUCCGACCUCCCUGUGGGGGUCACCCACUGGCAAAACACUGAGAUGGAGAGCAAAAAGGACAAACAGAAAAAGUGCUUCAUGUUCUACAAAAGGGAUUGGAGCUGUGCACUGGGAAAAGCCCUGGCAAGGGCAAGAGCGUGUCAGAGAGGGCACAGGGAGUGCACAUUUGGCUUCGAUGGGUGCCAGCCCUGGGGUCUGUUUGUUCCAUGCUGCUCCUGUCCUGGAGAUGUGGAGUGGGAGGAGGAGGAGGGUGAGAGUGUGACCUUGUGGGGGAGAAGGGGGUGAGAGGCAAAAACAAAAUGGUUCUGUGUCUGGUCACCCAAGAGCCAGAACCCCCAUGAGGGUUUUCUGCACUCACAAGUCUGCAAACAGCAGAAAUGAGGGGUUGGGUAGGCACUUAGGGACCAGAUCCACAAAGAUACUGGGGAAAUCUGCCCCAAAAUCCCAUGUGGGUCUGCCUAGGAGCUUUAUAGGAGCAGUCUGAGGCAAUAAGGGGCAAGAAGAGGAGGUUCUGCUCUUCUUUGCAAUACAGAGUGCCGUGCAUGGGUUGCACUGAAGACCAUAAGUGCAGAGCAGAGAGCACACAGUGCAGUUAUGCAGUGGGAUACAUAGCAGCAUGUGAUGAAAGAGAGAUACUGACUCUGUGUGGACUGUGUAGGAGCUGUACGUUGGGUGUGAGGAGUUGCGUGGAGGAAGAGA